AUGGGUCAUUACAUCAAGAAAUUUCAUUUUUAUUUACUCUAUUGUCUGUGGGCUCUGCGAAUUUAUCUAUUUUUAUUUGGUUUUUUUCCUAUUAAUUAUUAUAAUGAAAACAAUAAUAAGACUACAGCAUCUAUGGAUAAUCUGCCAACAUAUAUCAAUAAUAUUCCGUACGCGUACAAUAAUUUUUAUAAACCACUAGUUAAAAAGUUAAUAAUAAUGGUUAUUGACGCAUUCAGAUGGGAUUUCUUUUUAAACAUCAAUGAAAAAAUACAUAAAACAAUGUUUUUAACAAAUAAGUUAUUAGAUAAUAAUUUGGGUUCUAAUUUUCGGGUUAAAGUUAAUGUUCCGACAGUAACAAUGCCGAGAAUUAAGUCAAUCACUACAGGUACUGUGUCAAAUUUUAUAGAUGUUAUUUUUAACCUUGGUGAAACACGUGUUCUAACUGAUAAUAUACUUUUGCAAGCUAAAAAACAUAAUCAUAAAUUAAUAUUUUAUGGUGAUGACACAUGGCUUCAAAUGUAUAAUGAUAUAUUUUUCCGGCAUAAGGGAACUUCUUCAUUUCUAGUUUCUGAUUUUAUUCAAGUUGAUGACAAUGUUACUCAAUAUAUUAAUUAUGAAUUAAAUAAAUCUAAUGAUUGGUCAAUAAUGAUAUUUACAUUUUAUUUAGGUCUUGAUCAUAUUGGCCAUGUCUAUGGUCCUAAUAACCCAUUAAUUAACGUUAAACUUGAGGAAAUGGAUAAAAUUAUUGAUGAAAUAUAAAAAAUCAUACAAUGGAAUAAACAAAGUAAAGAAUCAUUAUUUAUAAUAUGUGGAGAUCACGGUAUGAAAAAUUCUGGAGGGCAUGGUGGAGCAACGCCAGAGGAAACUCUGGUCCCUUUAAUAGCUAUUAAUAAUAAUAAUAAUAACAACUUACUAUCUGACACUUUUAAUCAAAUUGACCAAAUUGAUAUAACAGCAACUUUAUCUGUAAUGCUCGGAAUUCCAUUGCCAUUAUCAAACAUAGGAAGUAUUUCUUUAAACAUGAUUAUUAAUAAUUACAAUCUGUCAUUAGAAAAUCAACUCUACAUUCUUUAUUACAAUGCUAAACAAGUAUUUAGUAAUUUUAAAAUUCUAUCAAACUACAAUUACAAACAGUGUUAUUUUGAUUAUUUAAAAGCUAUCGAGUUACAUUCAAAAUGGAUAAAUACAACUGACACUUAUAAUAAUCAUAACAAUAAUAAUAAUAAUAAUAAGAAUAAUGAUAAUGAAUUGGAUCAUGUUAAUGUAAUAAUUCAUUUAUAUGUUAAAUCAUUACAAGAAAUGAAAAAUUUACUCAUUCAAAGUAUGAUACACUAUAAUAUUAUCUUAAUGAGUAUUGCUAUUGUUUUAAUAAUUCAAUAUUAUGAUAUUAUAUUAUUUAAUAUAAAUAGCUGUUUAUUAUCUAUACGAAUUGAUUUUGUUAAUAUUGAUUUUAAAAAUUUAAAUUUUUUAUUUUUACUGGCUACAAUAUUACACGCUUCAAGUUUAGGUAGCAGUAGUUUUAUAGAAGAAGAACAUCAAACGUGGUAUUUUUAUUGGGCGACAUUUAUUGUUUUUAUAUUUAUUUAUUAUAUUAAAAAAAAACAUUUAAUUAUUUUUAUUAUAAAAAAUCAUUUUAUACUACUACCAACCGUUACUGGAAAAAUUUUAUUCUUAUUAAUAGCACAUCGAUUAUUAAGAAAAUUAAAUAGCACUGGUAAUAAGUAUGCUCAUCAACCGGAUAUUAAUGGAUGGCUGAAGGCAUUAAAUCAACAAUCUACCUUUUAUAUGACUUUCAUUUUAUUAAUGGCUCUUGGAUUAUUACUAUUUAUUCUCGCAUUCAAAUUAGAUAAUAAUGAAAAAUAUAAACGAUUACACCGACGAAAUAAAUUUAUUUUUUAUUCAAUUUUUUUAAUAUGCAUAUAUUUACGACAUGCUUCGGAGCACAAUCUUUUAAAACUGCUUUAUCCUGAAUCUAGUGGAAUAUAUGAAGUUAAUGUAUUUUGGAUUGUUUGUACCAUAUUUAAUAUAUUCUUAAAAAAUAUUAUUUACUGCUCAACAAAUACAAUUCAAAAUUUAUUAAACCGAUUUAUAUAUUUAUUAAUUGAAUUUUGGAUACUAGUAUCUGCAAUUUUACAUCGACCUUAUAAUAUUAUAUUAUUACCAAUCCAAUUAUUAACUCAAAUUAUUAUCGAUGAUUUUUUCAAAAUUUAUGAUAAUAAAAAAAAUAUUUCAUCAAUAACCUACAUAAGUUAUUGUAUUGGCAAUGUGUUUUAUUUUUAUCAGGGAAACUCGAAUAGUUUAGCAACUAUUGAUGUUGCUGCAAGUUGUGUUGGGUUACAAAAAUUUUUAAUUCACAUUGCUGGAUUAUUUGUAUGUAUAAAUACUUUUUCAUCCACAGUAUUAGCCUAUUUAAUGUUAAUGUAUCAUCAAAGUAGUACAUCCAAGGAAAUCACUGACAAUAAUAAUAUCAUCAGUAUCUGUCAGAACCUGUUCCUUAUAAAUCGUCAGUAUGCACUAUUGAAAUUAUUUUCACUAAUUGUAUAUACAGUAAUAAUAAGUAUUGAAAGGUAUCAUUUAUUUGUAUGGUCAGUUUUUGCCCCAAAAUUAUUAUACGAAGCUGUACACUGUGCAAUAAUAUUUAUUGCAAUUUUUAUAAUUCAUAUUUUGAUAAUGUCAAUUAGAGUAAUAAAAAAAAUAUGAAUAUAUGUUAUUAAAAUAAAUUAAUGCGAUUAAAAGAUACUCAUUGCAAUUAUAUUUCAAUGA